AUGCGACUGCUUGUCGCAUGGGUGACGUUCUACUACAGCAUCUUCAUGGACGUGGUCGUCAAUUCGGUCGGCGGAUUGUUGGAGGCGAACGUAUUCACCGACGAGUUGGCCUCGUCCUCUAGCUCUCGCGGCUCCAACUGUAUUGCCGAGCGGAAAAGAAGGGCUGGUCAACGUCGGCGGAGAUACCACCUGCUGCUAGAGGACCUGGAAGGCAUGGGGGAGGAUGAAUUCAGGGACUUGUUUCGCAUAAACCGUGCAAUCCUCGAAUACAUUGUCUCCGGGAUGGCGCACUACAUGCAGCCGUACGUGGACAGGUACCUCAUCACUCAUGAGGUAGCUUGUCUGGUUGCUAUCAAAUACCUUGCCAGCAGCAUGUCGUUCGUAGACUUGUCCUCCGUGUUCGGGCUGUCCAAGACCCUGUGCCACAAGCUUGUUGACGCUCUGCUCAUGCACUUCCCGUCCGUCUUCAAGCAGCAGUGGGUCCACUUCCUGACCCGUGACGACCUCGAUGAGAUGGCCGAGGAGUUCCGCGCCAUCAAGGGGGUCCCUGCUAUAGUGGGGGCUAUAGACUGCACACACAUUCACAUGAAGGGAAUGAAGGGGCACAGACAAGAAUACUACACGCGGAAGUCAUGUUACGCCGUCCAGCUGCAGCUCACAUGCGACGCGAGAGGCAUCAUAUGGGACUACCUGAUCGGAUACCCGGGCAGUGCGCACGAUAAGAGAGUAUUCAUGAACAGCGCGUUACACGAAAGGUUGCACAACGGCGACAUAGCGCCAUACCAAAUAGUGGGAGAUGCUGCCUACCCUCUCAAGGAUUUCUGCCUGACCCCCCUACAUGCACCCCGUGAGGGCCUAAUGGAGGACUGGGAGCAGUGCUUGAACUACUGCCAAAGCGUUACGCGCAUGGCUGUUGAGGGCUGCAUCGGCUCCUUCAAAGGCCGGUGGCGUCUGUUCGCGGGCAGCAACGAUUGCAAGCUCUGGCGCAUUCUUGCAGGGGCGUCUUGUGGCGUCAUCCUGCACAACAUGUGUGAAACGAUGGGGGCAGUUAGGCGCGUCAAUGCAUCGUGGGCCAACUUGCCCCGGAACCGGGACCCAUGGUGGACUCGUGGCGCGAUAGCAGAGUUCAAGUGGGAGCCAUGUGAACCGUGCACACAAGCGAAUCUGAGGGAAAGGCGCAAGCGGGUGGGCGAGGCUCUGGAGUCGUCCUACAUUACUCGGCGUCGCUGCGAACCCACACCUCCUCGGCCGCAUCAGGGUUAG